AUGGGCCGCAGCGUCGCGUCCGCCGACAUUACGCUCACGCCAGCAGAAGACACGCUCUUUUCGCUCCUCUUGGACGUGGCCGCACAGCCGACGGCGAACGGCGCUGUCUUGCGCGUCGCUGGUGGGUGGGUGCGGGACAAGCUGCUGGGCCGAGAGAGCGACGACGUGGACGUUGUGCUCGACGUGAUGACGGGUCGGGCUUUUGCUGACCUGGUCAACGUGUACGAGACCGCUCAAGGCCGUGCGGCGAGAGCGGUGGGCGUGAUCAAGGCCAAUCCCGAGCAGAGCAAACACUUGGAGACGGCCACAAUGCAGAUGCGCGACGACUUUGGGUGGGUGGACUUUGUCAAUCUCCGAGCAGAGACGUAUGCGUCCGAGGACCAUCGGAUUCCGACCGUGGCCAUUGGGACUCCGCAACAAGACGCUGAACGGCGCGACUUUACGAUCAACGCGUUGUUUUACAACUUGGCGACCAGACAAGUUGAGGAUUUCACUGGACAAGGGCUGUGUGAUCUACAGAAGCGACGACUGCGGACGCCGUUGGACCCGCGCAUGACUUUUCUCGACGAUCCGCUGCGUGUGCUGCGCGCAGUGCGCUUCGCGUCGAGAUUUAGCUGCACAUUAGAUGAUGACCUGCGCGCAGCAGCGCAGAUGGAGGAAGUUCGAGUGGCACUUGUGCGGAAGGUCAGUCGGGAACGGGUGGGCAAGGAGAUUUGUGGCAUGUUCACCGGUAGCGCAGCGCGCCCUGAACGUGCCGUGCAGCUCUUGCAUGAACUUAAACUAUGUGAGAGCGUGUUUUUGCCGUCAUCGUUGCUCGAAAAAAUGCCUGUUUGUCGUUCAGACGGCGAAGUGGAGACAGUGGGCGAAAACGCGUGGGACCGCUCUUACGCUUACGUGUCGGAGAUGUGCCGGUUGUUGACAUCAGGCGGAGUGCUGGAUGUCGACAGUCUGACGUCGGAAAAGAAACACGAGCUGCAAGUCCGUGUGUUGGCGUGUGUAUUGCUGCCGUACUGCGGACUUUGUGUGCGCGACAAGCGCCGCCGAUCAGUUGCUACGUUCGUCGUCCAAGACGCACUAAAGCUGCCGAACCGAGAUGCCAAGGACGUGGACAACGUGUUGGCCCACGUCCGAAAGUUUCAGGCGGUGACAAGCGAGCCGUUCGACCGGUCAAACAUAGGUCUUCUCGUUCGCAGCGUUGGCGCUCAGUGGGACAUCUGCUGCAAUGUAGCGCUUGUGCAGGAACUCGCGGACCUCGGACCAGACAGCGACUCUGCUGGCGCACGGGCAACAGUAUCGAAGCGCUUCGACAGCUUCAUCUCGUAUAUUCUGGACGCUGGUUUGGAUAGCGCCUGGAAACUCAAGCCGCUUCUCGAUGGCAAUGAUCUCAUCAAGCAGCUUGGAGUGAAGCCAGGCCCACAGAUGAAAGAGUUGCUAGACCGCGUUGUAGCAUGGCAACUGUCCAACCCUGCAAAGUCACGCGACGACUGUAUGCUGCACUUUAAGGCGCUAGUCGUCAACGAGGCUCAAGUGCAGUCUCCAAGUGGAUAG